UCACCAUCGCUUCCUCAACAGACCAUCCCCUGGCUUUACUCGUCGGCAUCGUCGCCAUCCUCCUGCAUUGGAGGCUGUUUAGACGCUAUCCAUAUCCUUUGCGAUGAAGACGUGCUGACCCCAGUCGCUCCGCUAUUCCGAUGUAUUCAGCUUAUCGUGGCCUUCUGGCCCCCUUGCUCUCCAUCUACAUCACCGUCCUCUUCCUAAUAGCUCCAGGCAACGCAUACCAGGCCAUCUCGGAUCAGACAUUAGAAUCUCUUCCCCGCCCGAACGAUGAUUUCGAUAUUCAUACCGGCGCCAUCUUGUCCCCGAUCCUGAGGCCUCGUGUGUCUGGGACCUCCGGAUCGACAGCCGUGCUGAACCACUUCGUCGACUUCUUCCGGAACUCGCUCCCUGACUGGAAAAUUGACUUUCAAAACUCGACAUCGAAGACACCCGUGUCGAAUGGGAAAGAUGUGCCGUUUGUGAACUUGAUCGCAUCCCGUGACCCCCCGUGGGCGGCCCCCGGCGACGUUGGGCGACUGACUUUGGUCGCCCAUUACGACAGUAAAUACGAACCGGAAGGAUUCAUCGGGGCUAUUGACAGUGCAGCGCCUUGUGCGAUGAUUAUGCAUGCUAUGAGGAGCAUCGAUGCAGCUCUGACAAAGAAGUGGGAGGCCAUGCAGGCACAAGGCGAGACAAAUCCGUUGGAUGAGCAGACGGGCAUUCAGGUGCUUUUCUUGGACGGUGAGGAGGCCUUCAAGUAUUGGACCGACACCGAUUCCCUCUACGGUGCUCGCUCGCUCGCCGAACAAUGGGAUUCAGAUGUCCACCCAGCCAUGUCCAUCUAUAAGACUCCGCUCGCCUCGAUAUCCCUCUUUGUUCUCCUGGAUCUGCUAGGUUCGAAAGAUCCAACCAUCCAGUCAUUCUUCCCUACCACACACUGGGCCUACAAAAAAUUAGCUGCACUUGAGCGCCGUCUGCGACGGCUCAACCAGUUCAAAUCCGCCGGCAACGAUCCCGAUCGGCAGCGGCUCUGGUUCACGCAUGCCUCCAAAAGCGAGCACGAGAUUCCUUACUAUUCCGGUAUCCAGGAUGACCACAUCCCCUUCAUGAAACGCGGAGUAGAGAUCCUCCAUGUAAUCGAUGCGGGUCCCCAUGGGUUCCCGCCAGUCUGGCAUCGCAUUGAGGACGAUGGCGAGCAUUUGGACCUGGCGACAGUAGAGGACUGGAGCUUGUUAGUCACCGCAUUUGCGGCAGAGUGGAUGGAGCUGGAGGGCUUCAUGCCGGGAUCUGAGCAGGAAUCUCGAGAAGAUGCCCAUGGAAAGAACAAGCGCACUGGCUACGAUGUCAAGACUGAACUGUAAGCAUUGUCUGAAUAUAUUUACAUUUUCUACUGGCCAUUGCGACCUCGAUUCUCUAUGUACAUCUUUUGCGCCGAAUAUUUAUGAGCUGUGCUAAUGCCUGAUUGC